GCCGUGGUGUUCGAGCUGAUGAUGAGGCUGUUCUUCGUCCACGUCCUCGGCCUGCGCCCGGAGACCGUCGGGUGGCGGCGAGGAGAAGUUCGAAAGGCUUCCGAACACUGGAUCUCCGACGGCGUGGCGGCCGACCUCAUGGGCGUGCCCACGGUGUUCGGCCCCCUGGCGGCGGCCUUCGGUCCGGUCGAGGCUCAGGGCCGCGGCUCGCUGCACCCGCACAUCCUCAUCUGGCUGCUGCAGGGUCAGCUGCGCGUGCUCUUGGACAUGCUGCAGCGCGACGAGGCGCGCUUCCAGGAGCGCUUGAACCUGUGGAUGCGGCAGGUGGUGCAGGCCGUGGUCGCCACUCAGCAGAGCGCCGUGGAGCUGCUGCCCCUGCAGCUGCAGGGGGGCGAGAACAAGUGCGGGGUCGAGGUGCCGCCGCUGCCGUUCGGGCCCAACGAGAAGCGGUACUUCAGAGCCGACGGGGGCGCGGAGAUGGCGACUGCAGAGCAGCUCGGGGACGGAGGCGAGACGGAGCCGCAGGAGCUGUGGUUCUACGAGCCCAAGGUAGACGACUACCACAGGGCGAUUCGCCCCGAUCUGCCGCUGCGCAACAACGGCGGCGAGAUCGUGGACGACGUUGCGGCCUGGACAGAGCAGAGGGCCGCGGAGAACAAGGGGUACUGGCGGCGGCCGCUCUCCAGCAGCGCCUCCGGCAUCUUCCCGAGGUACCGCGGCGGGGGCACCCUGGCGGAGUCUCUCCCGAGCGACGAGAGGAUUCGCGAGAUGUGCCGCGACGCGCGCGAGCUCGUCAUCGGCUGCGGCAUCCACGUCUGCAGCCCCUCCUGCUACAAGUACCAUUCCGACAAGACGCGCGGCUCGCAGAUCUGCCGCCACAAUUUCUACAAUCUGGCUCUGCGCGGCUGCAUCGGCAUCUUCCGGGAGACGGACUACGGCAUGGCCGGGCGCAUCGUCACCUUCCAGCUCCACCCCGGGGAGACCUCGACGAAGUACGCGGCGGUCGUCUCGGCGCGGUGCAACGUGGACGUGCAGGACAUGAGACGGGUGCUACCCCCGCGCCUGUGGAUGGAUGCGUCCGAGCUGGAACCGCCGGCGAACGAGGAGGACCGCAAGAGCUACAACCAUGGCCUCUACCCUCAGCGCUACGCCGACUUCUCGGUGGGUGCUCGGGAGGACUGGGGAUGGUUCCAGCAUCUGAACACCACGUCCGCGGAGAAGUGGGACCUCGUCGUAGUCACCGACUGGCACGAGAUCUUCAGGGAGCUCGCGGACCGCGACAGCCCCGCCAUGGACGGUGGCGACGCUGCGCGCGCCGAUCUCCAACGCGACCUGGAGCGGCACGCGCUGGCCACCUUCGUGGACGCCCACAACACGAGCUACUACGUGAACUCGCACACCACGAAGGUGAACCCCAGCAUGGACGACGUGCUCUGCAAGCUCCUCGACGGCGUGCGCCGCCUGAAGAGCCAGUGGGACGACAGGGAGGCGCAGGCCGCGGGCGGCGCCGGCGACGAGGCCCAGUCGACCGCCGCAGGAAAGCGCAAGGAGGAUUUCAAGCGCACGCUGCAGGUGUUGGCCCGCUUCGAGACCUGCUUCCGCAGGGCCUCCUGGAAGAGCGGCAGCGAGAACGACGGUCGCGAUGCCGGGUGGCGCCAGUUGCACGCGCGGAAGGACGAGACGGUGUACUUCCCCGACCCCACGACGGCCGAAGAGGUGCCCGAGGCACCGGGGCCGACUGUCGAGGGCCUCGCGCAGGGCAAGUUCAGGGGCGCAGUGCUGAGCCAGCACGACGACUGGAUGCACCGCGGAGACCACCCUAUUGUCCGAGACAUGAGUUUGUACGUCUACAGCAUCUGGGUGUACCGCGUGGAACUGCCGUUGCACGCCCUUCCGGCCGGGGAGCUGGAUCCCGAGGGCAGCGGGGGUCGCACCCUGCACGUCGACAUCGCCUUCGACUCGUCCUACUCCGCGGCGCGGAACUGGACUCAGAGGCUGGCCGUCGAGCCGCGCAUCCCGAAGGCCGACGGCUUCCAGUUCGUGAGCGCGGAGUCGAACGUGGAGACGCACUAUCUCAUGAAGUCGGUGCUGCUCCGGCCAGUGCACCUGCCGGACGCCGACGGGCCCAACGACACGAAGGAGCUGCGCUACCUCCGCGC